AUACGUUCGCGUCAAUACAGAAAAAGACAUUAUCGAACGAAAACCAGUCUCAAUUACGCAUGAAGAAGCAGCUGGUGCACCACUUGCAUCACUAGCUGCAUGGCAUUCCCUAGUUGAACUUGGCAAUCUACCAUACGGCGAGAAAGCAGAAGGUCACACACCAAAAGUACUAAUAAUUGGCGCAUCAGGAGGUGUUGGCACCUUUGCAGUACAACUAGCAAAGAAAGCUAAUCGAGCAAGCGUGACAGCAGUCAGUUCAGGGAAAAAUGCAACUCUACUUACACGACUUGGCGCCGACCGUGUAAUCGACUACACACAACUCAACUACGCUGAAGUAUUAAAAGAAGAACAUGAUUUUGAUCUAGUCAUUGAUACAGUCGGCGAAGCUGGAUGCUACGACAAAGCCAGUCCACUCUUGAAAAAGAAUGGUAUCUAUGUGGCCGUCGCCACCGAAAUUAACGAACAAAAAUUGACGAUUGGUGAUCUCGCGAAAUUCGGUGCUACGGUUGUCGGCAGAAAAAUCUUUGGUUCACGAACGUACAAACCAUUGCUUGAUAUUGAUCGAAAAGAUUUCCCGAAAGUUAUUCCGUAUUUGGAGCGUAAGGAAGUUGUGACCGUUAUUGGUGAGCGGUUCCCACUUCAGGAUGUAUCAAAAGCCCAUGAGUUGAGUGAGAAGUUGCAUGCUAGCGGAAAAAUUAUUCUAAAAGUUUCUUAA